CCGACUCACAAAUUCUGGGUAAUGUUCAUGCACGUUGGCUGCCUGGUUGGGUUGUUUUCAAGAAUUUCUUGCCCCAUUGUAACCCAAAUUCCUCCACACAACUUCGCUAAGUUGAACUCGGAAAGUCUGCAGCGUAUACUUGAGGUAUUUUUGCGGUGACUAAUGACAUAACUGGCAUCUAGAAGCUGUUUCUUCGCCAAACAACUAUCGCAGGAAGUUGAGCUAUCGCUUGCAACGCUUCCCUUGUCAUAGUAAUGGCGGACGUGUCGGACGAAAGUUAUGCCGCUGAAACACACAGGUCUAAAUACAAAAAGGAUAGAACUGAUCGACGAGAACGAAGGGGUAAUCGUUAUGGUGAUGUCAUAGAUGGAAGUACAUCACCUUCGAAGGAAAACAAGAGUCCAGGUUUAGAAGACAACGGGGUUGCCAAUGACCUUGCUAAUAGUAGUGCCGAUCGAGAUACGGGGAGACGAGAUAGGGAGAGACGAGAAAGGCGGAAACCCAGAGAUGAAGAAGCUAAUGUCAGUGUGAACGACGAGGCGUCUGUUGAAGGUGCAACAGCAGCCAGUGAGGAAACAACGCCGAAGAAGAGCCUCAAAAAAGACAGAAAGAGCGAAAGUGCAGGGCAUAAGAGACAAGCCAAGAGACAUUUGAGGGAAAAAAGAAGGUCAACCGGAGUUGUUAUGAUGCCUGGUGGAGCCGAUGCAGAUAGCGAAGGCGACGAUGAUACGAAGCAAGUAAAAGCAAAUACGCAACAGAACGAGCAGGCCAACGAUGAUGAAGCAAUAGAGGAUUCUCCCAAAAGUAAAGGAUCAAACAAAAGAAUAGAGCAAAAAGUUCAAAAGGAUAGUGAAACCAUCCAAACGCAAAAACUGCUUGAAAAGAUAGAGGAUUAUGAAAGUCAGUUAGAAGACUACAAAUCUGAGCUUGAUAAAGCAAAGCAGGAACUGGAAACACUACGGACAGAGAACGCUCGCUUGAAGGAUGAAAACAGCUCUUUAUUACGAGUUAUAAGUCAAAUAUCAGCAAUGAAACCAGUGAAGUAGGCUUCAAACUGCUGAAAUCUUCAUUUAUUUGGCUGCAGUAGAAUUAUUUUUGUUAAACUGAUUUUGUCAAAUGGAUGGCAGCCAUUCCACAUUAACACAUUUUCCACAUGGAGGAAUGGAAUUCUUCUUGGAGUAAAGCAUAAUGCCAUAGUUGAAUUGUCACUCUUGAUGAUUGCUUACACAAAAGGAUGCACAAGUUUGACUAAAUGGAUAAUGUCAUUCUUUGGUUUGUAUAGCUUGAAAAGUUAUAGGCUGUUUUUAUGAAGUAUUUAGCAAAAAUUAGUUUGGCUUGGAACUUUCCAUUGUAGUGCAAUGUUGAAUAGGACAGGUAACUGGCUAAGGAAAGAGACUUGACAUUUUUAUGCUUUGUUGCUGAAAAGCUGUUCUUUUUUGUAGAUAGUAAGAAUGUGCUUAGUAUUGCAGUGGAUAUGCUUGGGAAAAAAAUACCUUACCAAGAUCAGGUGAUCUUACUAAGUUUUUUGGGGCAUUUUUGUCAUAUAGUAACAUGCCUAUGAGAGUAUUGAAUUUUUACUUGUUGUGUAAGGGGUUGUGUAGUAAGCCAUACUCUCUUUUGAAAUAUAGUUAUUAUUUGUUUUCAAGUCUAUCCACUGUGAAUAUUUCUGUCAAAGGUGAUGUUUUAAUGGAGUUUCAACAAUUACACAAACAGAGAAAAAAAUUGAAAUCCAGAUCUCCUCAAUCUUCAGGGCAACAAGUGCUAAACAAAUUCUGGUGUUGUGUCACUGGUGUUUUCAUGCAAUUUUUAUCUUACUUACAAUUUUUACUCAAAGAGUGACUGCAAGCCAGCUUAGAAUCUUGCAAUUAUGAUGCAUUGGUGUGUUACAGUGGUCAUUCUAUACUUCUUACAAUCAACUAUUUGAUGGAUAACGAGUUAACCACACUAUUGGAGCUCCUAACAAGAGAGAAGGGUUUGAACGUUUGAUGAAAAAAAAAACCCCACCCCCCCCCCCCCAAAAAAAAAAUGUCAUUAUGUGUAGAGCUGUCAAUCCAUAACAGAUCUGUUAUAGCAUAUGUACUUGUUACGUGUCAAGCGCAGUGGCUAUCUUGGUAGUGUGGAGUACUUGUUAUGUGACAGGAAGUUAUUUGAUUGGCUUUUUUUAAUCAGAAGGAAACAGGAUUUUGCAAACUUGAUAAGGUAAAUUAGUGAGCUUGUGAUAUCUAAAAGAAAAGUAACUCAAGUCGCUAUCCAGGGAGAAAGUAAAGAAGGACAAUUCUGUGAAAGUAGGAUACAUGUACCGUAUCAAGAGGGUCAUUCCUUUGAAUGCUUCCUCAUCUUUGAAGGAUUUGAUUUUAAACAACUUAUUUCCUUUUCCAAUUUGCAAAAUUUCCUAAAUGAGAGUUAAAACGGUCGGUGACCUUGUUCUGAAUGAAGACGCUGUUUUUUCUGUUCAACAAUUGACACCUAAAAUAGUGUUAUCGGUUGGUGUAAGUUUUUUUUUUUAAUUUGUGGAGGCAAAUCUUUUUGUAGAAGCCAUACUGAUUGUGUACUCUUGUAAGACUGAUAAUUACUACUGUGAUUGUUGUCAGCUUUUGAGACGUUCCUGACAUUUCAACCUUAGAGAAUGAGGCUCUGUGACCGUUUCAAGAGGGUCAUUCCUCGAGCUCGAUUCAAGAAUAUACGAAAGAAAAUUUGAAAAAAAAAAAGCUGUUGAAUAGUCGUGGCUAAA